UUUAUCAUCAUCAAGCAUGGAAUGUUUUUGAAAUAAACUAUGCAGUUAAUCUUGGUAUAUUUGUUUAUAUUUAAAGUAAAAAAAGUUAAUUUUAUAUAAAUCGACAGGAAAUUGUUAAUAUAUCAAAAUGGUGAAUACAAAUUUAGAAAAUGCAGACAGCGAGAAACUUGAUAAACCAACUAAAGGAAUAAAUCGAAAAGCUAGGUUAAUUGUACGAAAUCUCUCAUUUAAGACAACCGAGAAAAAAUUACGUGAAUAUUUUGGGCAGUAUGGAGAAGUGGAUGAAGUGCAAUUAUUAAAAAAACCCGAUGGAAAACUAAAAGGAUGUGCUUUCAUACAAUAUCGUGCCACACAAAUGGCAGCAAAAGCUUUGUACAAUACAAAUGGAAAAUUGUUCUUAGAACGUGAAAUUGUUACAGAUUGGGCUGUACCUAAAAAUAAAUAUGUGCAACAAAUUGAACAACCUGUGGAAGUUAAAGAGGAAGAUCUUUCUGAUAGUGAAAAUACGGCAGAAAAUAGUGAAAUAAAAGUUGAAGCUGAAGUUAUAGAAGAGUCCGAAAUUAAAAACGAAGAUAAGAAAGAUUUCAAGCCAACUGCAUCUGAAAUCACAGAUAAAACAUUUGAAGUAGAAUCGGAUGAAGCAGAAUCCGAUGAAGACGCUGAAGCAGAAGAUAAAGACUCAGAUGCAGACGAUAAAAGUGAAAUUAAAUCGGAAACUACAAAUGAUGGGAAAAGGCCUAAAGUGUUUUCAAACGAUGUGACUGAGGGGAAAACAGUUUUUGUUAAAAAUUUACCGUUUAGUGCUACAAAUGAAGAUUUAAAACAAUGUAUGCUUCAAUUUGGAAGAGUAUAUUAUGCUUUAAUAUGUAAAGAUAAAUUUACGGAACACUCAAAGGGAACAGGAUUUGUUAAAUUUGUGGAGAAGGAAGCAGCGGAUCAAUGUUUACAAGCUGGAACUGAAUUAACUUUACUAGGAAAUAUUUUGGAUUGUCAUCCAGCAUUGGACAAAAAAGUUAUAACACAAAAAGCGACCAGUAAAGAUACUAAAAUUCGAGACACAAGAAAUUUAUACUUAAUUAAGGAAGGAGUAAUUGUAGCCGGUAGUCCAGCCGCUAAGGGUGUAUCAAAGUCAGACAUGGAAAAACGAUUAAAAUUAGAGCAAUGGAAAACACAAAUAUUAAAAAAUUUACACAUGUUUGUCUCAAAAAAUCGAUUAGUCGUUCAUAAUGUGCCAGAAUCUUGGGAUGAUUCGAAAUUAAGACAAUUAUUCUUAAAACAUGGUGGUACCAAACCAGAAAUUCUUGAAGCCAGAAUUAUGCGUGACUUACGAAAUGUCGAUAAUAAAGGUGUGGGUCAAUCAAAAGGACACGGUUUUAUAACAUUUAAAAAUCAUGAAAAUGCGCUUCAUGCAUUACGAUCGUUAAACAAUAAUCCAAAUAUUUUCACACCUGCAACUCGACCAAUUGUAGCAUUUUCUAUAGAAAAUAAAUUAAUGGUUAAUGCAAAACAACGUCGAUUGGAAAAAUCCCGACAAAAGAAUCCCCUUUGUAAACAAUUUAACUACGAAGAUAAUGGUAAAAAUCAAAAUAAACAGGAUCGAGGUGUUAAACGAAAAUUCCCCUUCAAAGAAGAUCGUAACGAAAAUAAUAAUGAAAAAAAUAGUAAACGAGAAUAUACAGGAAUUACAUCAAAACCGGGUAUGUCAAAAUUGCGAUCCAAAUUUAAGUUAAGAGCACAAGCACAAGUUCAUCAUGAAACAUUGAAAAAAGAAAAAUCGUUAAAACGAAAGAAAUUACAAUUGUUAACACAAAAACAACCAAUAAGACAACCGAAACAGAAAAUGAAUAAACGAAAACAGGAGAAAGAUGAUUUUUCUAAACUUGUAAAUAAAUAUAAAUCUACGCUGACUGCAAAUGUUGUAAAGAAAAGUAAAUGGUAUGAAUAA